UGGAAUCACACAGUAGGCUACACACAUAGAUUCGCACAAUUUUCAAAUUAGUUGUACAACUCGGGUCAUCAAAUUCUAUGUGUUUAAAAUGGUCGUUCACCAGGAGAAACGAAGGUCUUCGGUUGAUGCACAUUCUGUUAGAAGCGUAAAUUUGACGAAGGUGCCAAAGUCAAGAAAUAGGUCUUCAAUAACCUCUCAAGAUGAGAUUUUCGACGCGAAGUAUAAGGCUGCCAUCAAGGCAUACCAGAACUACAUGGAGGGAUUUCAGUUGAUGUUGGCUGAAAACGAGCGCAAAAUGAACAAAAUCCUUGACGAACGAGCGAUUCCACUCUGGUUUCAAGAACUUUCGGACAGUCAAGUUGAAGCCUUGAAUCGACUACUGGAGGCCAUAAGGGACGAUAUCGACGAGGAUACUGUUCUGCGCUGUCGAGGGCUUAUCAGAUGCUUGGGCGUAUAUCCGUUAUGCCCGGCAAGGAUCUUUCGGGAAGCACUCAUCAUGUCUCACGGAAAUGAUCUAUCAUUCCUCUGGUUCUUACUGGAACUUCACUAUUCUAAGAAUCGUCGACAGGGGUACUCCAACAAUGAGCGCUUGCUAAUGUCCGCUAUAUGCCAUUUGGAUAUGAUGACCACGUUGAGGGGUCUAGAAGGCAUCCUUCCGCCAUGUGCACCGAAGAAACCUAAUCGAGCGAGACGAAGUUGCGAGUCACUUGGAUGGCCCACUGAUUCUCGUCAUUAUUGUUCACCGUAUCUUGAACCUUUUCGAGUUCGGGAACCCCGAAAGAAAUGUCUCAGGAAAAAGAUCUUUCAAGCUCCAUUCUGUUUGGAUCGUUACAAGCGGUAUUGCGAUCCGGACUUUGUGAUACCGAACGAAGCGUCCCGAUGGUUUGCCAAACAGGUUCGAGGCAAUCAAACGGCGCCAAAAUCGGAGGACGAUCAGAGGGAACAUGUGCAGCGGAGGAUCCCCCUGACUGCCAGUGCUUGUGGGAGUGCGGAACUGAUUGUGCGAGAGUUGCUCAACGAUCAGAUUGCGUUGAUGGUGGGACGGGAGGAGGAACGCCAGGAACUUUGCCGGAAGCAUCACGAUAUGGCCCGGAGGAGGAAGAAGUUGAUGGAUUUGCUGACGAAGAGAUCUGCUGUGAGAGAGAAGCUAAACGACGAGGUGACAAAGGUGCGCAAUGAACAGAAACAAGCAGACGAGCUAGCACGCGAUAAUCACUUGAUACAGCUACUGCUGCGGAAGCUGAUAGACGAUUCGGUUGUAACCUGUAUGCUUACUCCACGUGGAAACUGUCCCGAAUGCUGGGCGUCGUUCGAACGACAACGGAAGCUCCUGGAUGGCACCCAGUGUUCAUGCGACAAAGAACCGGGCAUAUUCUGCCUCCGAAGUAUGCUGGCCGUAAAUGAGAGGAAAUCUCUGCUGAAGUAUUUCCGCUGUUGUCGAGCAUCGGUACCGUUCGAGUUUGACUAUCGGAAGAUACUGGAAGAUGACGUCCAGCGACCGGUUUGUCCGGUGAAAAAGGCCAUCCGAUUGGCACUGGGAAUGGAGGAAAACGGGGAUGUAGACGAAAGUGAAGCCGUGGACCGCUGCAUGAAGCAGAUGUGGCGUUGUGAGUUGAAGCUUUGGCACGAGAGGUUCCUCAAAGGUCGCGAAGAAGUGGCACAGCAGAAAACCGAGGUUGACCUGCUCGAUUUUGAGUACAUCGAUUCGAAGGAUCCCGAAUUUCUUCAGCAUCUCUUAAAGAGGGCUUUAUUGAAACUGUGUGAGCAUCCAAAAUACGUCUUGGCAACAUUUCCGGACGCUUAUCGUGUACCGUUCCUUAACGCUUGGAUACAGAACCGGUACGGGGUGAUCCCUUCGCAGCGUGAACGAAACGAGUUGCUCUACGAGAGCAAAUUCUUCUGGGAGUGGUUGAUUCCAAGGGUGACGGCCAUGCGAUGGCCCGUGUGUAAGGAUCUAGGCAUGCAGGGACGUGUUAACUGGAACUUUAAGACACGGCUAGAACGAACGGCCCAAGUGCAACUCUGCGCGUUCUAUCGAAAGUUCAAACGGGUCCAAAUGCUGGAGAAUCGGCUGUACUGGUCCACGAUGGAUCCCUAUCGGACCAAUGUGGAUCGCUUUCGGGAGGUGUUCUUCGAUUAUCUUCCAAAUUGUGAACCACUGAUUGGGCCGAUGGUGCGACCGUGGCAGAUGCACGAGUACCGGCCGAUGGAGUCACUCAAUAGAGCGCUGAAGGCGUGUGAUAGCAAAUCAAAGUGCGCGUGAUAUUUUGUUCAAUUGUUGAGAUAUUUAUUGAACGUAUUCGAUUUUGGUACAUUAUACCAGCUUAUACAAAGACCUACUAAAGCUAACUGGAAACGAUAGAGAACUUUAGUAUUAGUAAUAAGUAGACUAUUUCGAGUAUCUUUCUAUUUACAGACAUUUCUAAAAUACUUAUAUUUUUAUUAGCUUAGCUAUUAGUUUCCUUUGUAUUUGGUAGCAGUUUUUCCUCAUAGAUACGCUUCACGAUACAUGUUUCUUUUGAUCAUCAAAGAUAUCUUAUAUGUCCUUCCAAAUAUUGAAAUGCACAGACACGUUCUUAGUUAUUUACAUUUACGUUGUCUUAUCGCUUAAUGUAUAACUUGUCAAUUAGGAGAUAAUAUCACAAAGAAUUUCUAACACUAGACCCAUUUCAGAAUUCAAUGUAGUGUUCGACUUUUUCGUUAUAUUUGUAUGAGCCUUUGAAUAUAUUGCUCUCAUAGAAAACAUACAUUCUCUUGUUUGGAUUUGGAUUAGUUUGGAAAUUUUUUUCAAUAUCUUGUACAAAAGUUUAAAUUAGGGCUCGUUAAUGUUCAUUAUUAGUGUUUUAACACUGUAUUAUUCAUUCGAGAACGCACUACGAAUGUAGGAUCAGCAGCUUGUUGACCAAGAAAUUGAAAAAAAAAUCCCGAAAUAGAACUGAAAAGAGCUAUUUUCCUUGUUAAGAGUGAUGAAAAGAAGCACCUUCCAGUUUAGCUUCUUGUGUUAGAAAAAGUAGGCCAUUAUGUUUCUCAUCCUCUGGAUCAGGGUUUACCUAUUGGGUGGCUCUAAGGAUCUGUGAAUUCUAAGUAUGUAUCAUUUUUCUUGAUUGAUGAACAAAUGUAAGGAACGCCUUACAUCGUUUGUUUUACAAUAGAGCAUUAUUAAAUGGGUUCAGAUAUGUUAAACAUAAGGGGCCCAGAUAGCCGUAGCGGUUGUAAUAUAAAAAAUGGGCUUAUUUUGUUUAAUAGUUAUGAAAUCCGAGAAUCGCAGUUCCAUAUGCAUUUCCGUCAAAUAUAAGCAGUUGAUAUCUGCUUUUAACACGUCCAAUGAUCUUUCAGCUACACCUAAUACACAACACUUGGAUAUCCAACUAUGUUUUGG